GCAUUUUCGAGGAUGCAGCACUACCAUGUCCUCGAGCGCAUCGGCGAAGGCUCGUUCGGCAAGGUCUACCGCGGGCGGCGCAAGUACUCGGGGCACAUCGUCGCGCUCAAGUUCGUCUCCAAGCGCGGCAAGAGCGAGAAGGACCUCAAGAACCUGCGCCAAGAGAUCCACAUUUUGCGGCAGCUCAACCACGCCAACAUCAUCUCGAUGCUCGACUCGUUUGAGACCGAGGCCGAGUUUUGCAUGGUGACCGAGUACGGCCAAGGUGAACUGUACCAGAUCCUCGAGGACGACCGGCAGCUGCCCGAAGACGAGAUCAAAAAGAUCGCCGUCCAGCUCCUCCAAGCGCUCUACUACCUCCACUCGAACCGCAUCAUCCAUCGCGACAUGAAGCCCCAAAACAUCCUCGUCGGCACGAAGCAGCAGAUCAAGCUCUGCGACUUUGGCUUUGCCCGCGCGAUCUCGGCCGACACGAGCGUCCUCACGUCCAUCAAGGGCACGCCGUUGUACAUGGCGCCGGAGCUCGUCAAGGAGAUGCCGUACAACCACACCGUCGACCUCUGGUCGCUCGGCGUCAUCUUGUACGAGCUCGCAGUCGGCCGGCCGCCGUUCUACACGGACAAGAUUGUGACGCUGAUCCAGCUCAUUGUCAAGGAAAGCGUCGCGUACCCGCCGACGAUGAGCGACGACUUCAAAAGCUUCUUGUCCGGCUUGCUGCAGAAAGACCCGGCGAAGCGUCUGAGCUGGCCGGAGAUUCUCACGCACCCAUUCGCGUGCGAGACGGUGCAGCAGGCGACGGCCCGGCAGGCCCUCGAAGCCCAGGUGCGCCGCCUGCCAAAGUUCUUUGAUGUCGGGGCGCCGCCGAUGCACAAGAGCGUCGAGUGGCGGCCCGUGGACCCCGAGACGGGCCAAUUGCAGCCGAUGGCGGCCCAAGAAACAGCAGUCGCGCCCCCUUCUGCGGGGCGCUGGUCGCAGCACGAGGACGCGUUGGCCUCGGCAAACUCGUACGAGUCGUUUCUUGCGGCGACGCCGACACUCGCAGACGAUGUCACGAUGACGUGCACGGCGAAUGACGCGCCCGACGACGAGAUCCGGCGCAUGCUCUAUGUGCUGCACCGCGUCUUGUACCAAGCGUCCAAAGCGAGCAAGGACGCGUCGGCGUCACUCGCAUCGCUGCGACGCGCGCUCGUCACGCACGCGCCGCAGCUCGUCCCGCGGACCUCGCCCGACGUGGCGCUGCAGCUGGUGCGGACGCUCAUGGUGCCGAGCCGCGUCGAGGACGUUGCGGUGGAGCUUCGCGCGAUGCACGCCGUCUUGUCCGAUUUGAAGUUGAGCAGCCUGCACACCAAGGCGCUCAAGUGGCUCGGGUCGCUUCUCGCCGAGCCCGACACUGUCGCGGCCGUCUACGAAGCGCUGCUCUCGGGGCACGCGCCGCUGCUUCAGUCUAUCUGCACGUGUCUCGAGGCCGGUGACGACGUGAGCGUCUAUGCGCUCGCCGCACUCGUCCACCCGACCGCCGGGUUUGACACCGUGGCCGCAACGCCUUUUCCCGUCGUCGCGCGCUGCCCCCGGGCCGCCAUGGACGCCCUUCAAGCAGCGUACCAGACGCGCAUCCAAACGCACACGCUCGUCGCCAACGCGCUUCUGCAGCACGGCUUGGACCGGCUUCUCGCCGUCCUUUUGCAGCACGCCGAGGACGACGGCAACCCCAUCGAGAACGACGACGACGAGCAAGACGAUCAGACCAUGGUCGCCAGUGUGCUCAAGAUUCUCGGGCACUGCGCGCGGGCGUCGGCGCCGUUUUCGAAGCGGCUCCUCCACGACGAAGGCGCGGCGGCGUUGCGGACUGUCCUUCUCGCGCCGCGACCGAAUUGGAAUGUGUACGAGCGGUCGUUUGGGCUCGAGCUCUUGGCGGUCGCGAAGCGCCGGGGCCUCAUCUUUUCCAUGCCAACCGUCGUCGCCAACCACUUGAGCGACAGUAUGCACCCCGGCGUUGGCGCCUCGCUCUGCACCUUGCUCGGCGACCACAUUGUGACGCCGGCACGGACACCGAUCGUCGACGCGACGACGCUGCCGCACCUCGUCGCGCUUCUGCGCCGCCCGCCGUCGCCGACGUUCCUCCUCUCGGUGUCGUGCUUUGGGCUCCGGGCCAACGGCGCGCUCGACAGCGCCGUCAUCGUGCUCUACCGCGCCAUGUCGCGCCUCGUGGACGAUAGCAACGUCGAUGGCCUGCAGCACUUCCUCGUCUUGCUCGAAGAACACAACACGUGGCCGCGUCUGAUCGCGCUCUUGCAGGACGACGCGCUCUCGCCGUGGGGCCUCUUUUGCCUUCUCAAGUGGCUGCGCGGGCUCACGGAGCAGCUCCUCAACGUCGGCGGGCGUCUCCUCGACCGGCACUUGGCGCGGCAAAAGACGUUGCUCCCGCCGCUCAUUCGCCUCUUGGAUGCGCCGACGCACAUUGCAGCGCUCGCCGACUGGCCCGACGUCCUCGGCGGCGGCCUCCAAGCCGUCAAAGCGCUCGUCCACGCGGUGGUCAAGAUCCCCGGCCUCCCGUUCACGUGCGCCGCGGCGUCGGAGGAGUUUUUGUUCCAGACGCAGGAGGUCGUGUACGCCUGCGACGUCCUAUCGGCCCUCCUCCGUGUCAUGGACGCCCACGCGCUCGAGAUGGACUUGCCGCUGAGCUUCCUCGCGCGCCUCGUGUCGAGCUCGCCCCACUUUAGCCUCCAGCUCGCCACCGCGCACGGCGUCGAGACGCUCCAAGCCCAACGCUUCUUGACGUCGACGUCGCCCUCGAUCGUGCUCGAUACGCUGGUGCUCUAUACGCACGUCGCGCGUGCGUCCAAGGCCCACUACAUGGCGUUUGCGACGGCGCCGCACCUGCUCGAGGACCUGCGCCGCCUCCUUCUCGAGUCGGUCGACGCCAGCGUGCGCUCGAAGGCGUGCAACUGCAUCGGCAACCUCUGCCGGCACUCGGGCGCGCUGUACGAGCCAUUGGCGUCCUCCGGCGUCCUGGCCGCGCUCGUCCCCUGCGCGUCGUCGACCGACGUGGCGGUGCGCCGGUACGCGUGCUUUGCGCUCGGCAACGCCGCCUUCCACAGCGACCUUCUCUCGAGUGUCCUCACAAACGCGAUUGUGCCGCUCGUGCUCGCGCUGCGAUGCGCCGACGCUAAGACGCGCGCCAACGCCGGCGCCGCGCUCGGCAACCUCGUGCGGCAGUCGGCCACGUGCGUGCCGAGCCUCGUGGCCGCGUCGGCGCCCGUCGCGCUCUACGAAAGCGCGGUCGACGAGGCGGAUGUCGCCACCGCGCGCAUCCUCCUCUUCUCGCUCGGCAACCUCUGCGAGUACGCGCCGUGUCGAGGCGCGUUGGCGGCCGCCGACACGCUCUUCGUGCAGACGCUCCGCCACGUCAGCGACGAGAGCCCCGACGACGUGCUGCAGCGCAACGUCCAGCGCGUCCUCUCGAAAUGGCCGGCCCAAUAAGAGCUUAAUGUUUUCGUUUCAUCAUCGG